AUGUUCGUCCAUUCAUUACUCUCGUCCAUUGUUCUCCUUUCUGGAUUAUUAACGACAGCAUUAUGUCAGAGGCAGGAUGCUUUUCAGGAGACUCUGGGACACAUCAGAUCUCAAACUCCACCGGAAAUACAGGCUGCAGCGGCCCAAGGAGUUGCAGAACGAUUAUUGGGUAUCGAACGAGCGAAACACUUCGUGUUACUGGUCAAUCCUGAUUAUGGUCCCAUUGGAAAAGAUACCUUUUUGAUCAAGAAAAAUCACUUUGGUCAAGUUGAAAUCCUAGGCAGUUCUGGUGUCGCUGCAGCCUGGGGUCUACACUAUUACCUCAAAAACUACCGCAACGACCAUAUUUCAUGGGAAGGAAAUCAAAUUGGACCUUACAGUGACUUGCCAGAUGUUUAUGAACAAAUCACCUCAAACGACAGAUUCAGAUACUAUCAAAACGUGUGCUCCUUUGGUUACACCUCAGCCUGGUGGCAAUGGGACCACUGGGAAAGACACAUCGACUGGAUGGCACUUAAUGGAAUCAAUUUGGCCCUUGCUUUUAACGGUCAAGAGGCUAUCUGGCAGCGAGUGUACCACCAAUUGAAUUUCACUACAGAGGAGAUUAACGAGCACUUUGGCGGACCAGCAUUUUUACCCUGGUCUAGAAUGGGCAAUAUUCGAGGAUUCGGCGGCCCUUUGAGCUCCAAUUGGCACGAGAAGUCGCUUCAAUUGCAGCAUCGCAUCCUUAGAAGGAUGAGGGAGUUAGGGAUCAUUCCUGUUCUCCCAGCUUUCGCUGGUUACGUGCCCAGAGCGUUUCCUAGCCUGUUCCCUAUGGUUAACGUCACCAAAAAUGCUGUUUGGAAUCAAUUCUCCGACAAGUAUUGCUGUCCCUAUCUUUUGGACCCUGCAGAACCACUGUUCCAGAAAAUUGGAGAAUUAUUUUUGCAAACGUACAUCGAAGAAUUUGGAACCGAUCACGUUUAUAACUGCGACACCUUCAACGAGAACGAGCCUCAUACCGGUCAAUUGAAGUUCCUGAGGAACGUCGGACACUCGAUUUACACAGCUAUGAAUAAUGUUGAUCGAAAAGCUAUAUGGUUAAUGCAAGGUUGGCUAUUCGUCCACGAUUUAUUGUUUUGGACUGAACCUAGAGUCGAGGCUUUCUUGACAUCCGUCCCAUUGGGAAAAAUUAUAGUACUGGACCUUCAGUCUGAACAAUUUCCACAAUACAAGAGACUGAACUCAUACUAUGGCCAACCAUACAUCUGGUGCAUGCUUCACAAUUUUGGUGGUACUCUUGGAAUGUUUGGUUCUGCUCAAAUUAUCAGUUCUCAAGUUAUGGAAGCAAGAAACACGAAAGGCAGCACAAUAGUGGGAACAGGCCUAACACCGGAAGGCAUAAAUCAAAACUACGUGAUUUACGACUUAAUGAACGAGAUGGCAUACCAACAAGAAUCCGUCUAUUUGGACGAUUGGUUCGAGAGUUAUGCCAGUCGAAGAUACGGCGAAUGGAACGAGUAUACUGUUGCAGCGUGGAAGAAUUUGGGGAGAACGGUCUACAGUUACGCCGACAGCCGGAAAAUUAGAGGGAAAUACGUGAUUACUAGGCGACCAAGCUUAUCUCUCACGCCAUGGACUUGGUACGAUCGUGAGCAAUUUUUCCACACCUGGUACGUGUUCCUGCAACCAGCACACGACAUGCAGGACAACACCCUCUAUCGACACGACGUGGUGGACAUAACCAGGCAAGCUCUUCAGCUCAAAGCAGACGAGCUUUACAUCGAUUUAAUGGAUGCGUUUAAUAAGAAGAAUAUAACCGGGUUCAAGUCACAGGCUGCUCGGCUUCUCGAACUCUUCGACGACCUUGAGGCCAUCUUAGCGUCUAGUAAAGACUUCCUGUUGGGCAGAUGGUUGGAAAUGGCGAAGCAACUGGCUAGUACCGAGGCAGAGAUGAAAUUGUACGAGUACAAUGCGAGAAAUCAGAUCACACUGUGGGGGCCAAGGGGAGAGAUAAGGGACUACGGAAACAAACAAUGGUCUGGAGUUGUCGCGGAUUACUUCAAGCCUCGAUGGACCAUUUUUCUCGAUGGCCUUACAACCACUCUGACCAACGGAACCAAAUUGGACAUUAACAAGAUCAACAAGAGCAUAUUCCUUAAGGUCGAAAAACCUUUCACGUUCUCCAGAAAAAUUUAUCCUACAGUGGAAACAGGAGACUGUAUUGAUAUAGCACUGAAAAUUCAAUCCAAAUGGUAUCAACCACCGUCUACCUUAUCAACCAUGACAGAAAAGUUGCACAAAAGAAAAGACAAACUAAACAUUCUCUUCGUAAACAAACUUAAUACUAGUCACAUUUCCUUUAAAGAUUACUAUACUCUAUAA